AUGGACAACGUCGUAAAUUCAACCUCCGCACAAUUGAAAAUCUCUCCGACCCUGGAGAUCAAUGAACUUGUUUCAAAAGCUCGUGGGGAAGGCAAACAUGUCGUCCAUCUGGGCUUUGGAGAGGCCACAUUUCCUAUCCAGCGAGAAGUCCUUCAUGCCCAUAGGGAAGCAUCUAAGGAAACGAGCUAUCUGCCUGUGGCCGGUCUGGAGGACUUGCGAGCGUCUAUUGCGAGUUUCAAUGCAGACCGUCUCGGUGUUAAGAUAAGCCCCGAUCAGGUAGUCGUUGCUCCUGGGUCAAAGCCAUUGCUUUUUGCUUUAUUUGAUAUCCUCGAUGGCGCUGUGUUACUUCCUCGUCCCUCAUGGGUCAGCUACGAGCCACAGGUUCUCCAUGCAGGGAAAAAGCUCUUCUGGGUUGAGACGGAUGCUGUCGAUCGUCACACUAUUACCGAGUCAUCUCUUCUCGCUACAUACGAGAAGGCAAUCUCAGAGGACCAAACUCCUCGCAUCAUGCUGGUCAACAGCCCAUCAAACCCGACGGGGCAUGUCUUUUCUGCAAAAUGCGUCCAGACUAUCAAAGAUUUUUGUAAAUCAAAGGGAAUCAUUCUCAUCACAGAUGAGAUUUAUUCGGAUAUUUGCUUCGAUGAGUCUCAGAAAUCAAUCAGCGCGUUUGACAGUGGCACUGAUGAUUCUGAAACCGUGAUCCUCACUGGUGGGCUAUCUAAGACUUACUCCGCUGGUGGAUGGCGUGUAGGAUAUGCCAUUUUCCCCCCUUCAGAAAAAGGAAAGAUCAUCCGCAAAACGGUCCUCGCAUAUGCUUCCGAAUGCUGGUCUGCGGCAUCCGCACCGGCCCAAUUCGCAUCCGUCAAAGCAUUCUCCACGAGUGAAUAUAUGUGUACAUACCGGAAGUCUGUAACCGCCUUGCAUCGAUACUGUACUUUGAAGCUCUAUUCCGCACUCAAGGAACUCGGAUUGGAUGUUGGAGAGCCCGGGGGCGCCUUCUAUGUUUACCCGUCUUUCUCGCCAUACUCAACGCAGCUGAAUAAGCUCGGGAUUUUUUCUAGCUCUGAGCUUUCGGCGUGGCUGAUCCGAGAAUGUGGACUAGCCGCUCUACCUGGCUCGGCUUUUGGAGAAGAUGACAAUGGACCCCUGCACGGACGGUUCCGGUUGCGAAUGGCUACCAGUUAUUUGUAUUUCCGAAACGAUGUUGACCGAUACGAGAAGGGAUACGAGAUCCUAGCACACUGUGCUUCUGGGGAAGAGAUUCAGCUUCCGUACUUGGAGGAAGCGAUCAAAUCCUUGGAAAAUGCCGUGCAGAAGCUGAAAAAUGUCGGUCUCUAA